CUCUCAACCACUGCGCCACCAGGGAAGCCCUACUUUCAAAUUUUAAACAAAUGGGAUUAUGUGCUUUGCUCCCCCCACCUCAAACUAUCUGAGAUCUCUCCAUACUAGUAAGUAGAGAUGGACCUCAUUCUUUUUAACAGCUUCAUAACAUGAAUGGGUGCAACUAUAACUUGUUGUAAUUUUUCAGUUUUACAAAUGGUCCUGCAGUAAACAUCUUCGUGCAUACAUGUAGGCUAAGUUCCCGGAUGUGGAAUUGCAGGUAAACGCGUCAAUACGUUUGUUAUCAUCCCUAAAAAGAGAAAAGCUGGGAUCCAGGUAACUCUAGUCCUGUUGCUGAGGACAAAUGUUUAGUCAGCAAGUGAUUGUGUGAAAUGGCUCCAUGCUAAACUCCCUUCUUGGUGAUUCACAAUCAAGUAGCAUAUUAAGAGUUCUGGAAAUUCUUCAGUAACCACUUACUGCUGAGUAGUUUAAAAAGAAUUGUUUGCAAAGGGAAAUUGCAAUGUGCAAAUGUGUAAUUCUUGCACACAUCUUAAAAUUUCCCUGAACAGUUUGGGAAGUCUCCCCCCGGGUGGUAAUCUCUCAAAGACAGGACAGCAUUUAGAUAGGAACUGGCCACAUACUGUUCCACCAGGCUGGGCAGCUGAGGUGGAGUCAGGUUUGGAUUUGGUCCAGGAACCAGGCGAGGCCUGUCAGCCACUCCCAAACCCCUCGGAUGAGAGGGAUCCAGCAAAUCCUGCAUAAAUCAAGGCUUUGAGGCUGACCAGUGGGGAGACGGGUAGAGUUUCACUUCGGCCUGAGUCUAUCUAAGAGGUGACAUCAACCUAGCACACACACUUUGCAUCAGUCAGGCCCAAGCCUCCAACAGAGAAGGGUGUGGAUCCAGAAUCUCUAGAGAAGGAGCCACUUGGGGUAUAAGAGGGCAGUGUCCUCCCCCCUCCCACUUACCUCCUCCAGUCCUUGAAAUCAUGGUUAAUUUCCAUGGCUCAGUGCAGAUGUCACCCCUGAAGCCUCUCCCCUAGCCCCUAGACCCCUCCUGUGUGCUCUGGUAGCACCUCUGCUUCAGCAAUUAGCAGUCUGUUUUGUCUUCUGGUUCAUUCAUACUUACUGGGCUGAUCUAGAGGAAGGGCCACAUGAUGAAUUAUGUACUUCACAGUCUUCCCCAACAAAGUGGGAGCUCCUCCGUAGCCCGGUGCUGUUCAGGCCUUCCUUCACUCAUUCAUUCAUUCGAUCAUCAUUGAGCACCUACCAUGUGUCAGGCAUUAGCUAGACUGCCUGAAUACAGUGGUGAAUACAGCAGACUCAAUCCCUCCCUCUUUCGUAUUCUUAUAUUCCCUGUAGCCCAGCCCAAUGUCUAGCCCAAAGCCUGACACAGUACGGUUUAGAAAUGGCAAUCUAAUUGGAAAGCUGCCUUUGCAUAGCAAGAACUGUCUUACCUCCUAGACUACAGAUGAAAAAACAUUUUCUCAAGAUGCCUCGUCUACAUUUUAUGUGAUGGAAAGUCAUCUGACUGUACGGGAUAUUUUUUUAGACAUUUGGGGUGACCUCGGGGGCCUGAUGGAGAAUCUGGAGUGCUAAGGUGCCAGCCACCUGGCUGGACCAACGCUGGCGGGAGGGCGCUAGCGACGCGGCCCGCAGGUCCCGCCCCCACAGGCCCGGCCCCGCCCCCGCUCUCCAUAGUUACGGCUGCGGAGGCGGCGGCCAUCUUGGCGGCGGAGCGAUGAGCGGGUCGAAUUCUAAGGCUGCGGCCGUGGGGUCGGCGGCUGGGCCCGGGGGGCUGGUGACUGGCAAGGAGGAGAAGAAGAAGGCUGGCGGCGGCGUCCUGAACAGGCUUAAGGCGCGGCGGCAGGCGCCCCACCACGCGGCCGACGACGGCAUCGGGGCAGCGGUUACGGAGCAGGAGCUGCUGGCUCUGGAUACCAUCCGGCCCGAGCACGUCCUGCGCCUCAGCCGGGUCACAGAGAAUUAUUUAUGUAAACCCGAAGACAACGUCUACAGUAUUGAUUUCACACGCUUCAAAAUUCGAGAUUUGGAGACCGGGACAGUGCUUUUUGAGAUUGCCAAACCUUGUGUGUCAGACCAGGAGGAGGAGGAGGAGGAGGCGGCGGCGGCGGCAGGCGGAGAUGUGGAUGUCAGUGCUGGCCGCUUCGUCCGCUAUCAGUUCACGCCAGCAUUUCUCCGUCUCCGCACCGUGGGCGCCACGGUGGAGUUCACGGUGGGAGACAAACCUGUGUCAAACUUCCGGAUGAUCGAACGGCACUAUUUCCGGGAACGCCUGCUGAAAAACUUUGACUUUGAUUUCGGCUUCUGCAUCCCCAGCAGUAGGAACACUUGUGAACAUAUCUAUGAGUUUCCCCAGCUUUCUGAGGAUGUCAUUCGUCUGAUGAUUGAAAAUCCCUAUGAGACCCGUUCUGACAGCUUCUACUUUGUCGACAACAAGCUGAUAAUGCACAACAAGGCUGACUAUGCCUAUAACGGGGGCCAGUAGCUGUGGCAGGAGCGGACGGGGAGGUGCUUUGCUGUGGCCCAAGGUCCUGGUGCACGGAGGUGGCUGAAGCUGCGGUCUGUCAACACACAUCUGGAACCUGGCCCCAGGAAGCCGAGGCUGGGGUGGCAGUUUCCUGUGCUCCAAGAGAGGUGCCAAGCAGUGCUGUGUUUCCUUCCCCAGUAUUUUUUCUUCCUUUUUUCCCUGCCCCUUAGGUCACGGAGGUACUAUAGUAAAACUUAGCAUAAGGCUUCUGGAAUCCAGAUAAAAAUAGAAAGUUUAUUUUCAUGUAGUCAUCGCUCCUCUGGGUUGUCCUGUUGAGCCUGGGUCUCUCCAGGCAGAGCUGUGCCGGGGAGAGAAGGCUCUUCUGUAGGUUCAGGGGCGCUGUGGGAAGCUGAGACUCCUCUCUCGCCUGCGGGGUCGCCAUCAGCACACUCUGACCUCAGCCUGUGCAUCGUCCUAAACCAACUCGGGGGGCAGAGGGAAGGAGUGGUGCCAGGAGUUGAGGCACUGGGGUGGGCAAGGCUGCCAAACUGAAGGAUCUGUCUUACGUAGGGGCCGCUUAUCUGUCUGACUUCCGGAUCCUCAGCCGGUCCUCCUGGGGCUCCACUGAGGUUUCAACCUGGCAGUGCCUUCCUGUUCUCCUUCCAGAGGAAAGAUGAGCUUGCUCUGCUUCUCCUGGCUCCUAACUUUUGAGUUUCUCCUGAAAUACAAUGUGUCAGUUUUGCUGUUGGAACUGUAGUAAUCUCUGGAGGCCAGAGCAGGCCUUAUUGUAUUUUGUUUUUUUAUUUCUAAGCUUCUUGUGGGGAGGCUUUAUAAAAUGUCAGUGGCAUUCCCAGCAUAUAGGAUGUGUGGCCAGACUUCUGAUAGUAUCAGUCAGGCUCCCGGGGCUAAUCUGGGUCAUGUCGUACCUGCUUUUGUACUGAAGUAGUUCCUGGAAUCAUCCUGGCUGGUCAGACCUAAGUAAUGUGUAUUCUGGUCCUUUGGAAUGGUUUUGGAAUGUCUGCCACUUGGAAUGGCUUUGGGCGUUGGGAAAGGGGGAAAUCAGCUGAGGUGGCCUAUCAGGGAGACGUGUUCUCAAAAAUCUUCCUCACACAUCCCUCAGGCCUCACUGGAUGGGCUGUCCGCGCUUCAGCUCCCUACUGUUGUCCGACAGUGCGGGCGAUUUAAGUGCUCAGGCCCAACUCCUGACCCUCUGAUAAGACUGUUGCUGCGGCCAGGGUUUAGCAUUGCUAGAAAGGUCACAGUAGGAAGGGCCCAGGUACGUGGUAUCUGUGACCAGAGAGCUGUCUCCCUAGGUGCUUGGGAGAAAGGCCAGGUGGAGCCAGGGAGAGAAGGGCCAGCGCUUUGCCACAGAUGCUCCUGUGCUUUCACUGACCGGUGUUGCUCCCUGUUUGCAUUCUAGAGCGUGAGGGGCCUUGAACCGUGGUCCAGUGCUUUUUGUCAGGCCAGAGUCUGGGCUGUGCCAGAUGCUGGCAACUUCCUCACUGAGAAAACCCUGGUUAGCCCUGUGUGCUGGCCCUGCACCCAACCCCCGAGGGAGGAAGAGACCGGGUUCCCUGCAGGGUGGGCUACUCAUCCCCAGACCGGUGAAUCCCAGAACUGGAGUCGGCUGCGAAUCCAGGUGCCUUAUGUGUGGCUCCAUCCCAUACACUGCCGGACAGACAUCAGCACUGCCUCUUCACCUUCUGUUUCUCACUGGGGCUCCCUCAACAGAUUUGUGUUCAUUGAGCUUCAGAAUAACCCCUUCUCUCUGUGACAGAACCCAGUCGGGAGAGUUUUUCUACUAUUUGAUGUUUAAUUAUUAUCUAGGAUGUGGUUUCUGGAGCUGCCCAGAACUCUGCUCAGUAGAGUGUGUCUUGGAAAUGUGUCCCAGGCAGACCACGUCUUGUAGGCUAGUGGGCUGUCUCUUACCUGCAGUGUUAGCUUUUGCUGGGAAGAGGGCCGAGGAGGCAGGCAUUCUGGCUUGAAUAGUGCUGCAUCCUCUUCCCAAGAGCUUGCUUUAGUCUCACUGGAGACCGUUUUGAGGCCAUGCUUGAUCUGUGCCCAACAGCACAGGGAUUUGCUAUCUUCUGCUCCUGAAGGUCUGGUGUUCUGUGCCUGGGACUCUGGAUUCUUGUGGCUAGCUACUCAGGAAACCUUGAGAAGCAUUACCUCUCUGGGGUGUUAGCUAGGGUAAGUCUGAAAUUCAAGCUUUUGUACCCGAACUGGGGAGAGAAUUGGAAGUCAUACCUUCUCUGAAAGUAGCUGAACUCAUCAGAAGCUGAAUCAGGAGGCCGUGUUGUUAAGGAGUCUGGGCUAUUGAUAGCAGUUACCUGUGGGCAAUAAGAUGGGAGGAAAAAACCUACCUGCCUGGGGAGACCAUGCCCUCUGUUCAGAGCUGGUACCUGAGAGGAAGCGCCUAAAGGGAACACAUUCCAGCAGACUGACAGGUCCAGCUGGCGCCUGGGGGCCUGCUGCCUGCACCCCUCCCUCUUGUGUCUUGCUCCUUCGUGUCCCUCUGGCCUGGAGUCUCCUGGGAGAGCGACUCUCUUUUCCUGUGGAGCUUUUGGGCUAAGAUGCCCUUUCAGCUGCUGCAAAGAAGAUCCUGGUUUAUUUUAUUCUAUGUUUUAAAGAGUAAACAGAGGAAAUAAGUAAAAGUAGUCCUGGGAUAAAGUAGGUCAUCCUCUCUUCAUGUGUUAGCUCAGAGCUGUCUUGCAAGGAAGGUACUUUUCAGGGCCUUGUCGGCCUUCCUGAAGACCUCACAGUCUUUGGGCCGUCCAGUUAUCAAAUAGGGGCGGUGAUUUGGGGGCGUUGGGGCUAUGCAGAGACUGGAGAUUCUUGACGUGGCAGUAGCUGGGGGAAUCUUCAGCUUGUUUCUUCAGUUGGAGUGGGACUCAUUCCGGAAUGGACUGAACAGGCUGUGUCUAAUGGACAGAUUGGGUGAGGCUUGCUUUAGUGUGUCUUGCCACCCUCGAUAGGCUCCCAGGGUACUCUCUUUUUUUUUCUGUAAUGUCCCUUCCUUCUGGUGGCCAUUGUCACUCUGACGUCAGUGAGGUUGGGGAAUGGGGACAGUUCUCAGAAUCAUAGCACAGACUCGUCUGUGUGUGUGGACCCCUGAUGCAGAGGGUGCUGCCGUGCCUGGCCUAGGGGCCCAAUUGUCAGAUCACCAUGUUUCUCACAUUCCGUGUCACAGGACAUCUUAGGUACAAGAAGGGUCUGGUGGAGGUGGAUUUACCCCUUGUUGCACAAAGGAUCAUGUAAAGUCACUGAACUUGUGAAAGUCUAUUUUUUUCCCCUGUAUAUCUAUUUUUCACAGAAUGUAAGAAGCGUUAAUGACCUGGUCUGUCCUUCUUCCCCUUUCCCCUUCACCUGAGGUCCUCAUUCCAGUUUGUAUUGUCUUUGUGUCCAAAGUAAACUAGGUGACUUAUUUGUAUAAAAUGUUAUUUUGCCACAAGAGACAGUAAUAAAAGAAAGAUUUUCACAGUA